AGAGAAGCCACUGCUUAGGACGUGCAUGUUAAUUUGGUGAAAUGUUGGGGCUAUAAAAUCCUUUACCCUUUAUAUAUUUCUGUGAUAUAUAGAUCAAAGCUAACAAGUUCAAUCCCUAGCUUGCGAACAUAUAGUAUAAAUGGAAAAUAAUGAGCAGCCACUUCUGUCCACUAUUAGAGAAAAUGACCACGGUCUAACUUCAUCCUCUUCUUCUUAUGAUGUAAACGACAUAGGUCCAAUUAAUGGAGUCCGGGACAUCUUUAGAGAAUUCGCUGUUGAGUCAAAGAAGCUCUGGUGGCUGGCCGCUCCGGCUAUCUUGACCUCCCUUUUUCAAUAUUCCAUGGCCGCUAUCACUCAAGUCUUCGCAGGCCAUCUCGGAACUAUUGAUCUUGCUGCCCUUUCCGUUGAAAACUCUGUCAUUGCUGCAUUCGGUUAUGGUAUCAUGUGGGGGUUGGGGAGUGCACUAGAGAGCCUUUGUGGAAUAGCUUUCGGAGCUGGUCAGAUUGAAAUGCUUGGGACAUACAUGCAAAGAUCAUGGGUUAUUCUCAACACUGCAGCAUUAGGACUCAUGUUUCUCUAUAUAUUCGCAACCCAAUUCUUGAAACUAAUGGGGCAGACUGCAGCGAUAUCUGAGGCGGCGGGGACAUUCGCCUUGUGGAUGAUUCCGCAGCUAUUUGCUUAUGCCAUGAACUUUCCACUAAUGAAGUUUCUCCAAGCACAGAGGAAGUUCAUAGCCAUGGCGGUGAUCUCGGGGGUAGCGCUGGCUCUGCAUACUAUCUUUAGCUGGUUGUUGAUGCUGAAGCUGGGUUGGGGACUGGUAGGUGCAGCGGUUGUGCUGAACUCGUCGUGGUGGUUCAUUGUGGUGGCUCAGCUUGUCUAUGCUUUGAAUGGGGCAUGUGGUGGAGCAUGGACAGGCUUCUCAUUGGAGGCCUUUCAAAAUCUAUGGGGGUUUGUUAGGUUAUCUCUCGCAUCAGCUGUCAUGCUCUGUUUAGAUAUGUGGUAUUUUGCGAUUCCAGUUCUCUUGGCUGGAUAUUUAACGAAUGAAGAGGAUUCAGUGGAUGCCUCUUCUAUAUGCACCAACAUACUGGGCUGGACAACGAUGGCAGCUUAUGGAUUCAGUGCAGCCAUAAGUGUAAGGGUGUCAAAUGAACUCGGUGCAACUCACCCGAAGACUGCAAAAUUUACAGUAACCGUAGUCGGAAUAACUUCCUUCUUAAUCGGUAUCUUCCUUGCAGCCAUUCUGAUCAUCACAAGAAAACAGUACCCAGCCUUAUUUUCGACCAGUGUAGAGGUCAAACAACUCUUAUAUGAGCUUACGCCAGUACUAGGAGCAUGCAUUGCCAUUGCCAGUGUUCAGCUCUCUCUCUCUGUUUACGGCACUGCGUUAGGGGUGGCCAUUGGAGCAGGGUGGCAAGCUCUUGUUGCAUGUGUGUACAUUGGUUGCUACUAUAUAGUUGGUGUUCCUUUGAGUCUCCUUAUGGGUUUCGCUCUUAACAUGGGUGUCCAGGGGAUCUGGUGUGGACUUCUCUUCGGAAUGAUCGCACAAACGUGUGCUAUGUUGUGGAUUAUGUAUAGCACAAACUGGAAUAAAGAGGCUUCGAUUGCCGGAGACAAAAUUAUAAAAUGGGGAGGAAAAAUAGAUGCUGACAAGAACGAGAAUGAACCAAAUAGUCUGACCGCGUAAAGGACAUGGAACAAGUGAAGAUUCUUGGCAACAUUCAAUAACAAGCUCAUGAUAAACAAUUGCAAAAAUGGAGUUAAAUCCUUCAAAAAAAAAUAAUAAAAAAAAAAAAAAAAAAUUUUUGAUUCGCUUUCUUCUUAGAGGGUCCCCACGGUAGGUUUUUUUUUUUUCCCUAUAAAUGUGUAUGUAUAUUCAAAUAUGUGAUCCAACGAUACAAUAGUGUUUGAUUUUCCUUCUUCAACAGGACUAUGUCUCUUUGUUUCUUAAAUUUUUCUUUUUCUGUUUGCUUCUUCA